CGGGUCGGCGCGGCGAUGCCGCUGGUGGUGCUGUGCGGGCGGCCGGGCAGCGGCAAGACCCGGCGCGCGGCGGAGCUGCGGGAGGCGCUGGGCGGCGCGGGGCGGGCGGCGCACGUGGUGUCGGAGGCGGCGGGCGGCGGGCGGGCGGCGCUGCGGGCCGAGGUGCAGCGGCUGCUCAACCGCCGCGACGUGGUGAUCGCGGACGCGGGCAACGAGGCGCGGAGCAUCCGCUACGAGCUGUACUGCGCGGCGCGGCAGGCGGGCACGGCCAGCUGCCUCCUGCUCUGCCUCGGCGGCCGCGACGGCCCCGACCUGCCGCCUUUCGAGGCUCCCGACCCCCGCAACCGCUGGGACCGGCCGCUGCUGGCCGUGCGCGCGGAGGAGCCGCUGCCGCUCGACGCCCUCCGGGCCGCGCUCUUCGAGGGCGCCGCGCCCGUCCCGCACCGCUCCACCCGCCCGCAGCCCCUGCGCUCCGCCGGGUUCCUGCACGGCCUCGACCGCCUCACGCAGGACGUGCUGACCGCCGUGGUGGCCGCGCAGCGCGGCGGGGCGCUGCCCGGCGAGGCGGUGCCCGUCCCCGGCGUGCCCGAGGGGCUGGUGCUGAGCCGGCCCGUCAGCCUGGCCGAGCUGAGCCGCCUGCGCAGGCAGUUCAUCAGCUACACCAAGAUGCAGGAGGGCUGCGAGGAGAACCUGCCCCGGCUGGCCGCCAUGUUCGUGCAGUACCUGAGCCGCAGCAUCCAGUGACGGCUGUCGCCCGCGCGGACUCGUCCCACCUUCGGCCACUGACCCUGCAGAGCUCGGGACCACCCAGGGAAGCUGUGGCUGCCCCAUCCCUGGGGGUGCUCAAGGCCGGGUGGGGCAGCCUGAUCCAGUGGGACGUGUUCCUGCCCAUCACAGCAGGGUUGAAACUGGAUGGGCUUUAAGGUCCCUUCAAACCCAAACCAUUCUAUGACUCCAUGAUUCUAUGCCUCUAUGAUUCUACGAUCUGGCAGCAGCAGCAGCUCUGGGGAGAUGGACACCACAUCCCUGCAGCAGCCAAGCAAGCCGUAUUGUGAAGAGGAUCUGUGGGGAUGCACUUCCCUCACCCGCACGCUCUCCCCACUUGCAUGUUUCCAAGAGGAAAGCUUGCGGCUCCAAGCAAGUGAAGGCUGCUCAGAGAUCAAAUAGAGUCUGAAUCAAAUAGUGUCUGAACAAGAAAAUAGUGUCUGAACAAAUAGUGUCUGAACAAGAAAGCCCCAAAGGUGGUGACUGUAAGGAAAACUUCUCUGCAUUGGCAUCUGUGUGUCUUGAAUAAGAAAAUUGUUUCUCCAAGGCUUCCCCCAGAUAAUGACAAACUGCAGAAGAAACUUCAGGUGCAGAACUGGAACAGGCCGUGUUUUUUAGGAUGUGACUGCUUCAAAAUAUCCCACUGAACCCAAGAGUGGUUUGCCUCUCAUGGUUAUCAUCCACAAGUCCUGGUGUGGAGCUUGCAAAGCUCUAAAGCCAAAAUUUGCUGAAUCCAAGGAGAUCUCUGAACUUGCCCACAAUUUUGUUAU